AUCAACCAAUAGAAAGCGUGCAUCUUCGCUCGAUAUUUGAUUGUCAAAUUUAGGGAAACAUUAGUCUAUUUAUAAAUUUAAUGUUUCGGGUGUAUUUCCUUUAAAACAGACAGUCGCUAUGUUGAGCAAUCUGCGCGGCGUCUCGCCUUUAUCCGACGCUAUGUCCGACAGUACUUUAGAGAGAAAUCGUGCUGAAAAGGCGUUAAUCACUAAAACGCCCGCCCAAAGUCAGGUUUUUGGGAAUAAAAGCAAUGUUAUUGGGACAAAGAAUUACUCCGAUAAAAACGGUAAUGAUGUUACUAAGUCGGUGCAUAAAGGGCGGAAGACUAUUGCGUUUUGGACGCUGGUGUGUUUGCUGUUCAUCCUCGCCAUCGGGAACCUGAUUCUCACAUUCACCAUUCUAGCCGUUUUGAGGCUUGGACAAGGCAUGGAAAGUAUGGAGCUCCUCCCAGAGCAUAACGCGGUCAAACUGCUUGGCGACACUGGACUGGAACACGUUUACAAGCGAGACGGGCUGCUCGAGGGCUUCAGGGAUAAGCCUGUCGAAAUAUCCAGCGAGAACGGCACCGUGCGAGUCACUUUGCAGACCAGGUUAUCUCGCACGGAAACGAAGUUGGCGCUGAACUCAUCCGGCGUGUUCGUACGCGGCGUCGGCGCGAUGCGGCUGCUGGACCCUGUGUCCGGGGAAACUGUCUUCAGCACAGCAUCCCAGGAGAUGAACAUACCUGAUGGCGUAAACAACCUUAACGCUAAGCAAAUAUCAACCAAACGCAUAUCCUCACCCACCGACCAAGACUUGAAACUCAAAUCCGACUCCUCGGCUCACCUGCGCGGCUCCGAAGGCACCCGAAUGGAGUCCAAGGAACUCUUCUGGUCCGCCGACCAAGACAUCUACCUUAAAUCCAUCAACGGUUCUGUAGUACUCAGCGGUAAGGAAGGAGUAUACGUACCGGUAAGGAAUUUACCCAUAGCCUUACCGCUAAACCGUACGGAACCCAGUACGGGACAGUUUAAAGUUUGUGUUUGUAUGCCGCAAGGGAAAUUGUUCCGUAUCGCUGUGCCCAGUGGGCAGAAAGUCACGUGCUCGCAUAUAAAUAUGACGGGGGAUUUGAAUCCUUGUAUUUAGAUAUGUAUUGUAAAUUAUUAUGACGCUUGAUUUGAAUUUGAGAACAUUUUAGAUGGUACAAUAUUUAAAGGCGUAAUACACUACACGAUCUGUCGUGCCCGAUUUAUCAGAGUACCCCCUAAGUUUUGUUACAUUUCCCUUAAUGCUAUAACACACGGGUCUGUUCAAUACAGAAGGCAGUCCGCCGUACGUCUGUUAAGCCUUUAUAAGGCAGAGGGAAUAUAUUUCCCACCUGAUUUUGAACUUUAUUUCAAAGUGAUAGAGUUCAAUUUUGCAUAAUUCCUGACACACUUAUGCCUUAUAAAGGGUUAAGGACGUAGCUAUAGUAUAUGUGAGAGCGAGAAAGCGAUAUGCUGGCCGAACUAAGGUAGCGGUUGGGUAGGUACGCCCGUCUGUUACAGCUUCAAGUUAGGUUAAGGCCUCAUUAACACGAGCGCUAUAUCAACGCGCGUUUGAAUGACACAAAUGGAUAACCAUGUAUGUAUUCACACGACAGCGGUGGCGCUUUUUAUCAAAAGCGUUGUUGGAUUUUCAACUUUAAGCCUUUGUCGUUAAGUCGAAUUUAAAGUGUGGAUAGAUUCAAGCGCUUUUUUAACGCGCGUUGAAAAAGCUUACGUGCGAAUGGGGGCUUAAAGUGUAAUACGUUUUUUACGAUAUGUAUACGUUUAUCCGUUGAGUGUUCUAGUCAUUAUACUAUAUGCAUACAGUAGGAGUUAGUAACCGUAGCGAUUCAAAAACCCGUUAGGGAUUGAAGGAGUUUGUCAAUUGUAAUGUUUAUACUAAAAUAUUAUAGGCAAGAAGUUAAAAUCGUUACAGCUUUCAUACUUUAAAUCUAGAUUGUAUUUUGUUGUAUUUUAUAUCAGCCUACAAUUGUGGAAAAAUUUCCUGUUUUACAAUAUUUAUUUACGAUACAAGUGCGGAAAAGAAGAAAUUCGAAAUGAGUGGCGAUUAAUAAAAUCGACACGAGUUGCGAAUUACCUAUUCGCACGUGUAUCGUACAACGUUUUACAGUACAUAUGGCCCUUUAAACUUUUGACAUACGCACGAAAAGUGCUAGUUUACGCACUAGUGCGGGAAAAUAGGACCAUAUGUACUGUAAAAUAUUUUAUUAUUAUAUCAGUUAUUAGUUUUAGAGUCAUAAUAAAACACCUUUUUAUAUUCAUAUGAAUACUUUAAAAACUUUCUCUUCUCGGUUUGUUUUGAUUGUUUUUUUUACACAAAUUUAAUUUGAACGAAUCAAAAUUAAAUUUUAAUUUAAAUUUUGAUUUUACACAAAGAUUUUAAGGUUAAUGCAUUCAUAUAGAAAGCAACGAGUAACUGCCUCUGUAAUAAGUAAUUUAAGUAUAACAUAUCGUCAUGUAUAAUUGUUUAUUGGAUAUUGAAAAUAAAACCACAUGUUAAAAUAAAAAUUCAAAAUGUAUUUUUCCAUCCCUUACCUCCUAAAUUGCUACACUAUGAACGCGUAUAUACACAUAUCGAUAAAUUACCAAAACAACGCUUUACUAUAUGCAAUUUCUCGCAAAUAGCCAAAAUAGGUGUCCCUUUGUUUGACAUAGUUUUAAGUCAAAUGUAUUGUUUGUCAUAUUAUCAUUAGUCGUAAAACUGAAACCGUUAACUUUUCAGGAUUUUCGUAAGGUUAUCCUAUAGAUAGGUUAGGUUAGGUUAGGUUUGUUUUAUGACAACCCGGAAAUGUUACGCGUUUCUGAGAAAAACCAAAUUAUGACUAACGAAAAUGCGGACAAACAGAUACAAUACAUUAUGACUUAAAACUUUAUGGGAAACAAUAGAGACCCAUUCUGCCCUCCUAAGCCGAAUAGCGCUAUCUCAAAAACAAAUGAUUUAGAAAAUGGAACUCUCAGUAAUAGAAACUAAAGUAUAAGUUAGCAAUGAAUUUUCUUUUGAGAUAGCGCUCUUUGGCUU